AUGCCGUCGCUCCCGCAUCCAGAGGAACGUGCGCGCUAUUCCGCGGAACUUACUCUCGGUGCACGCACGCAUUCAUCCCACUCUCUAUAUCUAGAGUCCCGGACAAUGGGCGCGGAAAAACGUACCGUCAAAAUAAUUGUGAUAGUUGUCGUGAUACUGCUUAUUAUUGCAUACGAGACCACCAUUCCUGAUGACCCACCACGUGCCCCGUGCUCCAUCCAUAACAGGCACGAGCAGCAGAUCAGGAGCAACAACUGUGAGAUGGCCAUGAGGGUCUGGGCACCUUGUACAGUUGACGAAUUCUACGGGUACAACAUGGGCACACCUUGCGUGUUCUUGCGUCUCAACUAUGUAAGUAUUUAUAAUUCAAGCAAUCAGUGGUCUGCAAAACAAAGACUAGAAGUAUUUCUCAAUAAUGCACAAAUGCGAGUUAAAUUAUAA